AUGUUAUCGCGUGUUGCUCGGCAGAAAAAUGCCCUCUUCCAUUUGCGGAGGGCUAAUGCCCAUCGGGUAUUGACCUCGUCCUCGAAACCACGGCUACAUUCCCAAUCGAGUCGACUGGGUUCCAUUGCGAAUCCACCAACUACGUCGACCCACGAACGGCCCCGACGACUAUCCUUUCAGUCGAACCGGAAUCUUGCUACCGCGGCCGAACAUGUCAGUACCGGAUCGUUUGGGUCCCUGGAUGACCCAACCUACCCUCUUGCGCGCGAUUACGACCGAUCCAGUCGAUGGACUUCACAACUCUUCCGUUAUCCCGAUCAGCAAUUCGACCCCUCGUCCCUGGUCAUUAUCGACGAUGCGCCCCAGACCCGGCCAAAGAUUGUUCGUAAAGUCAAAGGCAUUGGUGGCGACGAGGAUGAGAUGAUGGCCAACCUGGAUAUUUCACUCAAGGUUGGUCAUUUCGACCGAGCUGCUGCUCUGGUCAAUCGCUUGGGUCAGUUUUACCCAAUGAACUCUUCCGAGUACCUGGCCCUCCACAACCGCUACCUGAGGGACCGGGUAGACGACAUGAUCGCUACCCAGCAACAUGAUAUGGUUGUGCCAUUGCAGAAGUGGUUCGAGGUUGACAUGCCUCACGGGGGCAUGGAGCCGGAUUCUGUCACGUACGCCAUCAUGGUCCGAAUGGCUCUGCACAUGCUGCACCCCUCGAAACGCGAUCGAACUAUUCGCCGAUAUUGGACCUUUGCCGAGAAGGCUGGUAUUCAGGAUGAGAUUGGUCUCGUUGGUGUGCUCAAUGAACAAGAAGCGCUUCAAUUGCGCCAGGUAAGUUUGGAUCCGCCGUUUUUCUGCAGCGGUGCACGUGCUGAUGGCUCUGGUUGUUUUGAACAGAUUUGCUCUUCCGAAGCGUUAGAUAUAGCAGCCCAGCACGCCAGCACCCAAGAGACAACAACAACUGAGCAGUCAUUCGAAAUCUUCGAUGACGUCGCUGAGGUGCUGCCCGUCGACCAAAAGGGCCUUGGCCUGACCUCUCUGAGAGAGUCACUGUACACUCUGUCUGGUCGUUCAACCGUUCCCAUGCCUGACAACUUCGAAGGCACCGAAGAAGAAAAACUGGAACUCUAUAAUCGUCUCAGGCAAGAACGCCUGGAAGCCGACUCGGUCAAAUCGGCCCUGAACCGCUGGCGCUCAGAGUUCGAGAACAGACAAAAGGCUGGCCUGGAUAUCACCGGGGGCGGGAAGAAGCUUGGUAGUGUGAUGAAUCAAUGGCACUCGGACCUUGUUUCCAGGAUCCUGCAGGAGUUGAGUCUGGUUGACGAGGCCGAGAAGAAGCCAGCUAAGACCCGUGCUCAGACAGACCGCUGUGAGUAUGGUGUGUUCCUGCGAAGUCUACCUGCGGACCGUCUGGCUGCGGUGACGAUCCUGGCUGUGAUGGACAGCUUCAGCAAAGGGGGCAUGGAAAAAGGGAUAAAGCUUUCUUCCAUUGCCUCAACCAUUGGCAGGGAAUUGCAGGAUGAACUGAUUGCCGAUGCCUAUCUCAAAAAGAACUCCCAGGCGGAUUCUUGGCGCUUGAAAGCGUUGAAACAGCUUCUCUCGAGCCGCAAGGACAAAGAGGGUCGAUUGCGAUGGAAGGCGCUGGUCCACAAGAUGCAGACUGAGGACUCCCGUGUGGUCUGGGGACCGCGGGUCAUCGCUCGGACCGGGGCUGUUCUGAUGAGCUUGCUAUUCGAUGUUGGCAAAGCCCCUGUUACAAGUGAAAACCCGCUGUCAAAGAAGACGACCACUACUUUGCAACCGGCUUUUCAACAUGCGUACCAAGUCACCUGGGGACGACGAUCUGGUCUCAUCUAUCUUCACCCUGGAAUUGUUCAGAUUGUGGCCAGAGAACCGCCGGCCGAUCUCUUGGCUCGUCACCUGCCUAUGGUCUGCAAGCCCAAUCCAUGGACAGGUCCGAAGAAUGGAGGGUUCAUGAUCUAUGAAAACAAUAUUGUGCGAUCUACUCCGGGUGAAUCUUUGCAACCAGCAUACAUUAAAGCCGUGCUACAGAAUGAUGGCUUAAAAGAGAUCCGAGCUGGGCUUGAUGUCCUUGGCAAUACCGGCUGGGCCAUUAAUCGGGACGUCUUUGACGUGAUGCUUGAAGCUUGGAAUUCAGGAGAGCCUGUGGCAAAUUUGGCACCGCUAAAUCCCGACAUCCCUGUGCCGCCCAAUCCGGGGCCGAAUGCCGAUUACGAGACUGAAAAAGCGUGGAACAACGCUAUGCGAGACAUUGAAAAUCGACGCUCUGGAUUCCACUCAGUACGGUGCUUCCAGAACUUCCAACUGGAGGUCGCGCGUGCGUUCCGUAACAGCACUUUCUAUCUCCCCCACAACAUGGACUUCCGUGGCCGUGCCUACCCGCUCCCGCCGUAUCUCAACCAGAUGGGAGCUGACAAUGCCCGAGGAUUGCUCAUGUUCAGCCAAGCUAAACCGCUAGGCGCUAGUGGCUUGCGGUGGUUAAAGAUCCAGAUUGCUAAUCUGGCUGGCUUUGACAAGGCCAGUUUGUCCGAGCGUGAACAGUUCACGAUGGACACUCUCGAUGACAUCCUCGACUCGGCCAAUAAUGGGUUGCAUGGCAGACGGUGGUGGCUCAAGGCCGAAGACCCGUGGCAAUGUCUAGCUGCUUGCUGCGAACUCCGCAACGCCCUGCAAUGCCCUGACCCUACCGAGUAUCCCUCUCGCCUCCCUAUCCACCAAGAUGGUUCAUGCAACGGGCUUCAGCAUUACGCUGCCCUUGGUGGUGACAGCAUCGGUGCCCAACAGGUUAAUCUUGAACCCUCCGACAGGCCAUCCGAUGUUUACACCGGUGUUUCCGAAUUUGUUAAGGAAGCUGUCGCAGAGGAUGCUGCCCAGGGCCACCCAGUUGCCCAGACUUUGAAUGGCAAGGUCACUCGGAAGAUCGUCAAGCAGACCGUCAUGACUAACGUGUACGGUGUGACCUUUAUGGGAGCGAUGAGACAAGUUCGCAAGCAACUCAUUGAUCACUACCCAGAGAUGUCACACCAGACCAAAAAGGCGGGCGCCCUGUACAUCGCCCGCAAGAUCUUUGAGGCCCUGGGAACCAUGUUUAACGGAGCCCAUGACAUUCAAUACUGGCUGGGUGAUUGUGCUAGUCGCAUUACGCUGUCUCUGUCCCCCGAUGAUGUCGAUCGCCUGGCCAAUGAGGCCUUGUCGCCCACCGAGCAAGCCGAGAGCGUCAAGACCGUGGACCCGACCAAGAAGUUCCGGUCCACAGUGAUUUGGACCACCCCACUGGGUCUGCCAGUGGUCCAGCCUUAUCGUUCGCGCAAAGCACGGCGUGUUUCGACGACGCUGCAAGAUCUCAAUAUUGUCGACGUCAACUCCGAAGAUGUUGUUUCCAGGCGCAAACAGCUGCAGGCCUUCCCGCCGAAUUUCAUCCACUCCCUCGAUGCAACCCACAUGAUCCUGUCUGCCAACGCUUGCCACGAGGCGGGGCUCACAUUUUCGGCCGUGCACGACUCAUUCUGGACCCACGCCAGUGAUGUUGACGACAUGAACCAUAUCCUUCGCGAUGCUUUCGUUCGCAUGCACUCAGACGAUGUGAUCGGGCGGUUGGCUGCUGAGCUCAAGGUUCGCUACAGAAACCACAUGUUCUUGGCCAAGAUCGAUGCCAACGGCAUCAUCGGCCGCGCCAUUCGAGCUCGUCGCAAGGCAGUGAAGAGGAACACAAAGCUCUAUGAACUGGUCGAGGAGAAGCGUCGGCAAGCCCUUCUCAAUUCCGACGACCCGGAGCAACAGGCUGAAGGCCGCGCGAUGGAGACCCCCGCCAGCAUGUUUGAGAAGAUGGGCGGCCAGGACAAACACCUAGUCGCUUCCAAUACCCUGGGCGAAACUGCGGUGGGCCACGUUCCAGAGAACCUGGCUGCGGCUGCGCGCAGGUCGUCUGCUGCCGAUAUCGACACGAGUGACCCGGCCAUCCAGACCUUGUUCACUGAUCUCAGCCUUAUGCAGGAAAGUCCUGACUCUUCUGAGACACUAAGUGACGCGGACGCGGACGAGAAUGGCAGCGAGGAACCCAAGCCCAAAAAGCAAGUCAAGUCUCACACCUGGUUGUGGCUGCCCCUGCGGUUCCCCGAUGUUCCUGCCAAGGGCGCCUGGGACCUGACCCGCAUUCGCGACAGUCAAUACUUCUUCUCAUAA